AAGUAAUCACGACGCGUUAAACGAUCGCAUUUAUAUUACAUAUGUCACAUCAGAUGUAUAUAUUAUCGAAGGCGAUUUGUUAAAAAAUACGAGUAACGAUAAAUAUUGAAUGUAAUGUUACUUUAAGUACAGUGCAAAGGUUGGCCCACCUGUUUGGUUUCCUUCGUCUGAUACAAUUGGCAAUGCGAAUAUGCAGAAUCUCUGGAUUUUGAAUUCCUUAAUUUACCAACAUGGUGAGAACAAAGGGAGAUCGUGUACCUUCAAAAGCCGUUGGCGCUAAGGCACCAAGAAAAAUAGCAAGCACCUCUCAAAAAAAAGGAGGAUUAGGAAGCAAAGGAGGUGGUAAUCCAUAUCAUCCAAGGGAGACACCUGAAUGGCAGAAACCUAUCACAUGGUUCCUUAAUCAAAAUUCUGAGAAACAAGAUACAGGUAGCUCAGAAGCACAGGAAAGCGAGGAUCAGAAUGCCAACGAAGAAGCAGGAAAUGAAUCAGACUGAAGAUCUGCAGGAACAAUGUCUUCCAUUAUGAUACUUCUGUUACCUUUUAGUACAAUAAUUAUUUAUUUUUUUAUGAAUAGGAUAAGCACAAUUAAUUUAUAUUUAAUUAUUUAAUUGUCAAAGAACUACAAAUUUUAAGUACGUUAAGGAUAAGAAGUAAGAAGCUAAGUAAACUUCAAAGUAAUGAAAAUGUUACAUAUGUGAAUUAAAAUUAACACGUUAUUUUUUUUAUAUGAUAUUAAUGUGCUCAAUGUUACAAAUAUUGUUUCUAGAAUUUAACUAUUGUAAGUAACAUGUUAAGUAAAGUUUAUAUGAAUUAGAAUAAAAAUAUAUCUACAUUGA